AUGACAGUCACUCCAAACAAUACAAAUGCAGGAUCAAUGCGCAAAUCAAGAACAACAGCUGUGGUAAGCUUUAGAUCAGAAAAACUUCUAAAUUUGAUGAACCCUUUUCAGAACAACAAAAAACAGCCGGUGCCUUCGAAACGAAAGCAUAUCAAUGUUCCAACAGUUCGUGAAAAAGAGCAACUUAGUGGAUUGAGUGGAACACGAUGUGAUGAGCCAAGUGAACGAACUCAAAGAGGACCAAAGCCGAAAAAUAUCGAUGAUUCGACGAGAAGUGCGGUUAUGGAUGACAAAACUAUGGGUUUUUGGUCGAAAAAAUUGAUUGAUCGUGAUUGGUAUCACGGAAUAAUGCCUAGAGAGGAAUGUAAUGCACUUUUGAAUGUAAGAAUGCUUCCAUCAGAGUCCCAAAACAAUAUGGUUUUUCAGACAGAAGGCGAUUUUUUGAUACGAAAAACAACAGAAAAAUCGAAACCGUUUUUCUGUCUCACAGUAUUUCACAAACAAGAACCUCGACAUUUCCCAUUAUUUUUUGAAAAUGGUGGAUGGACUUUGAAAAGGGUGAGUUCAUCAAACUCCGUAAGCACCCCAUAAAAAUUUUAAUUUUCAGCUCGAAAACCCUCAAAAAUUCGGGCACUUGGUCGAAUUAUUGAAUUGGAUGGUUGGCGAAAAAUAUCGAUUAGCGCCAACUUCAGCAAUUCUUGUUCGAGCUGUUCGACAAGCAAAAUACUAUAUUCAACACGAUGAAGUUGAGCUCAGCGGAAAAUUGGGAGCCGGAGCAUUUGGAGAAGUUUGGAAGGGGAAAUUGAAGAAAAAGGGGAGGAGCCGAUUGAUGUGGCGGUGAAGAAAAUGAAGGGAAAUCCGAAGAAAUCAAUGUUGAGGGGAUUUGUGAAAGAGGCGAAACUUAUGAGAACUCUGUCGCAUCCGAAUAUGGUUCAUGUUAUUGGAGUUGCACCAAUGGACGAACCACUGAUGAUUGUUAUCGAAUUAGCCAAGAAUGGAUGUAUGCAGGUAUGACAAUCAAUAAAAACUCGGUCAGAAAACGGCGAGGUCGCUACACGUUUUGGGAAACUAAAAACGUGUAGCGACUCGAGCUGAUCAGCUCCGAUCGGUAGCGACCUCGACGUUUUCUGACCGAGAAUUUCAAGAAAUACACCAAUAAUUCAAUUUUCAGACUCAUCUUCGGAAAGAAAAAGUUAGCCCAAUCGAAAAAUUAUCAAGAUUUGCAGUUGACACCGCUCGUGGAAUGGCCUACUUAUCAUCAAUUAUGAUUAUCCAUCGUGAUUUAGCUGCUCGUAAUUUAUUACUUGGUGCAAAUAUGGAAGUGAAAAUCAGUGAUUUCGGUUUAUCAGAAAGUGGAAAAACUGAAGUGAAAGCUGCGAAAAUUAAAGUUCCGAUUAGAUGGUUGGCACCUGAAACAAUUGACACUGCAAUUUUUACAACUAAAACUGAUGUUUGGUCAUUUGCUGUUACAAUGUGGGAAAUAUUCACAAAUUGUAUUACUGAUCCAUUUCCUGGACUUACUAAUUCUCAAGCAAAAGAUAUAGGUAGUUCCACAUCUUGA